AUGGCUCCCGUUCUUGAUCCUCCCCAGACCAUUGAGUGGAUGGGUAAGCAAGUGCCUGUCUGGUCCAUGCAAACCAUCAACUACGGUCUGCUUCUCUCUCAGGAUCCUAGCGAAGUUGACAAGGUCGUCAAUGCUUGUUUGGAGGAUGGUUACUUCUACCUCGACCUUCGCGGCAUCGAUGGUCGCCGCAUGCUCGCUGAUCACCAGGAGACUCUGAAGCUCAUGAAGCGUUUCUUUGACGCCCCGCUUGAGCAAAAGAACGAGUUUGGCCUCAUCUCUUCCCACUUAGGCUACGAGCCUGUUGGCAGCCGCACCGGUGUCGUCGCCGGCUCCAAGGAUGGAUACGAGAUGCUCAAGGUGUCUCGCGAUGAAAUCCAGCGUGACAGCCCCAAGAUCCCCGCCCCUGUCAAGAACAGCGGCGACCUGCAGAUUCUUGAAAACGCCAUUGGCAGCUGCAACACUGUCACCAAGGUCAUAUUGUCGGCUCUUUCCACCGGUCUGCAUCUCACCGGCGCUGGCCGCUUUGAAAACUCGCACCGCAAUGAGCGUCCCUCUACCACUACUCUGUCCAUGAUGCACUACCUCCCCUCGGAGCUCGCUGGCGAGAACCGUAUCGGCCACCAGAAGCACACCGAUAUCAGCACUCUGACCCUGCUCUUCAGUGAGCAGUGGGGUCUCCAGGUCCGCCCCCCUGGCACUUGCGGUGCCCGUGAAAUGGGCUUCGUUGCUCCCAAGGAAGGUCACGCCUUUGUCCACGUUGGCGACUCUCUCCGCUUCGCCAGUGCUAUGAAGUUCCAGAGCUGCAUCCACCGCGUUGUUCCCUUUGACCCCACGGAGCACAGAUACUCUGUUGCCUACUUCUUGCGUGCUGAGGAUGACACCAUGUUUGUCGACUCUGAAGGCCGCGCCAUCACUGCUGGCCAGUGGCACGAUGAGAAGUUCAAGGCAUUCACUGACCCCGAGACUUGGCAGCUCAUGGCUCCCAAGUCCAUGAUUCUUGGCGGUAUGAAGGAGGACGGCGCUGAUGCACCCAUCUCGCUACCCACAGCCACCGUGAAUGCUAAGGAGGCUGUUUCGGUUAAGGCUUAA